CGCGCUCUCUCGCUCCCGUUUUCCCUCUCUGUCUCUGGUUCGCCGUUUCCGUUCGACGCGGCCGCGGCCGUUCAUCGACUCGCGAGGAUCUCGCGGCGACGAACGCGACUCGCUCGACCCUUGCUCGCGGAAACCGACGCAGAACGGGGAGAGACUUUUGGUGCGCGUUCCACGGGGAAAAGUGCCGCGCAAGAGAGAAGAAGACCCAUUGUUUCUGCUCCCCGUCUCCGAUCACGACGGUCGGAGGAAGGACGCGGUGCGGGACGACGACGCGGUGAUCGAGGUCGGAGUGAUUCCGUGUCAAAAUGUGUCGUGACCCGUUGCAGCGAGUCAAGAAAAAAUCGAACUGCGAGGCCUGACGCGUUUCCGCGGCGAGAAGACACCGACGACGACGACCGACGAAAACAGAGCGACGAUAUGUUUCAGCGCGAAUGCUCGUCGACGUCGUUGUUCGCCCACCGCUGCCCAACGUCGUUGCCCGUCGUCGACCAGCCCGAGAACAUGGUGAACGACCAUUUCUAGGCCCGACUAGGUUCGCAGGAGAGAGAGAGAGAGAGAGAGAGAGAGAGAGAGAAAGAGAGAGAGCUUCUAGCAGAUCGUCUCUAUAAAUCGGCCGAGUCCAGCGAUUACACGAAUCCAGGACGAUUGUCCGUCGGUUGCCCAGGGCAACCCGUUUCGCGAGUUUUGUCCGGGAUAUCGAGCAGGAAACACGCGAGACGGAAACUAGGUCAGUAGGAUAGGCGCGUAAUCCGCAGCGAGGGAAACGGAAGACGGAAAGCGGAAAACGAAAAGAAAAAAGAAAACGGAGAACGGGAGCCGCGAGAAAGGAGAGAAGAAGAAAGAGCGGCGGUGUUCGCGUGCUAAUCGCAAGCUAUCGAUCGGGGGCCGGUCGGGAGCGAUGUUCUGUUUUCAAAGUCCGUUCACGCGGGCUUCCCGCGUGCUCUCGGCCCCGCUGUCAUCCGGCAAGCCGAACGGCUCGACGAUCGGCUCGACGAUCGGCGCGAUCUUGCCGACCGGCAAGACGCGCGCCGCACCGAAGUCCCGCGACGGGUCCAGAAGGCUGUCCGAGGCGACCAGCGAAGGUUCGAGCUCCUCGAUCGGGUACAUCGACCAGGAGCCCUCGAUCUCGGACUGCAGCAGCAGCGACACGCUUCCCGACGUGAAAACCGACUACCUGGACCCGGUCUCCCUGUCGCCGGCGUCUUUGUCGCCCGGGUCGGACUCGUCGGUGCGGGUCGCGCAAGAGCCGCACGAGUCCAGCGAUCGCAAGAAACUGCUGGAAGACGACGAUGAUCGCAGCCCGCCCCCGCGCUCCCUCGGCGCCUCGACGAAGAAGAGAUCGCCGAAGGGCAACAACCGGUGCAGAAAGUUCUUACUCCGGCUGCGACCCAACGAGUCCUCGAGCAACAAGGAAACAAGGUUCCCCUCCGCGUCGACGUCCCCGUCCCCGUCCCCUUCGCCGUCUCUAUCACCGUCACCGUCACCGUCACCGUCACCGUGCCCGUCCCCGUCGAUCCCCGACUCGAUCGGCACCGAGUCGGCGGACUCGUCGAGGAAGCGACGGGUCGUCGACGACUACGAGACGAUCACCGGGGACACGGCGACCCUGUUCACCAAGUCGUCGCCCUCCGUUCUGAUCGACUGCGUCGACACCGCCGAGCCGGAGGAGAACCAGAGGAACCGCAGACCGACCGCCGCGGCCUCGGAGAACGACAUAUCCUCGUUGCAGAACACGUUCCCCGAGUCGGAGACCGAGAACGGUUACCAUCGGGAGGCCGAGACGGAAACGGAGGAGGGAUCCUCGUUGCCCUUGAGUCCCGCGGGCCCUUUGACCGCCGAGCUGUCCUCUUCGUUGGCGCCUUACUACAACUUUCUCUGCGUGAACGGCGGCCCCAUACGGCAGGAGAUGACCAGCACCAGCUCGCCCCAGCUCUGCUCGGCUGGCAAUCGCGAGUCGUCGAGCGACGACGCGUCCCGAACGUCCGGCAAGCCGCGCGGCUCCUUCGACGCUGGCGAGAAGUUCUCCCGGCUGAACUGCCUGGCACCCGAAGGUCUGGACGGAUCGUUCUGCCUGCCCGCGGCCAGAUCCUGCCCGAAUCUGGAAGGCCGGAGCGCGGGGUGCUCGCCGAGCAGCGGCUCCUCGAGCUCCAGCCCCGGCUCGGGGCCGGUCGGGCCCAGGUUCAAACCGAUCGAGGAGGGCGACAUACAGCUCUGCUUCUUGAACCACUCGAAGACCCUAGUCAGGAAGAUCUUGUCCAGCAAGUUCCUGAGGAGAUGGGAAACGCAUCAUCUCUAUCUGAACGACACCUGCGUUUCCUCUAAAACGCCCACGGGAUUUCUUCAGCAUCCGAUACCGUACAGCAGCAUGUCCGACAUAAGGAGAUACGCUGUCGCGAGAUGGGAUCCAACUUACAAAAACUGCCUGAGCAUAGUGCUGCCGGACAGUUCUCUUCUUCUCCAAGCGAACAACGCCUACACCAGGGACCAAUGGUAUCAUUCGAUAUUGUGGAAGUGGAGCAUCUUCAAGUACCAACAGCUGGCGUCGUUGAACGUGCGGGAGGAAGUUAUGGCGAAACAGUUGAAAUCGAUGGUGGACUUUGCUCUGUGGACGACGUUGCAGGACGAGAGGGUGACCGUGGCCCCGCUCGAGGCGGCGGCGAAACUGCUCGAGGAUUCGCUGACGGAGGACUCCGAUCAAGGAGAAGGAACCCCGAACGAGGAGACAGCUCGAGAGGAGACCGAUCGGAAACACCGGGCCGAGGUCGUCCUCUACGUGGUGAGCCCUCUCCUCGAGAAGGUCGCGCUACCAGCGAAUCUCGCGAGGGUUUUGAUCAAGCUGGUCCAACUGCAUCCUCGAUCCUCCCUGGUCUCAUUGAUCGGACCGGCCAUCACCAGAUGCUUGAAGCAUACCGUGGACUUCGGCAAAUCGCCGGACAUGAGGAAGCUCCUUCAAGUGUUCGUGGCCGCUCUGUACGAGGCGGAGACCGGCGAGAAAGCGAUUAGAAACUAUAUCGCGUCCGUUCAUGGGCCGGGAAGCGGCUGUCCACAUCCGAGAGUGCUUCCUAAUUUCGUGUCCGUUUGCGUCGCUGCGAUUUUCCACAGAUUCGACGCGGCUCGACGUUCCCAACAGGAAACCGACGGGACCCCGCCGCCGUUGCCACCGCUGGAUUGCUACCUGUUCGUUCUAAACGUCGCAUCGGAGUACGCCGACUGGCGACCGGGUUUGGGCGCUUUGCUGCAGCCGGUGCCCUUUCCGGAGGAAGCUCUGGCCAUGAAGGAAGUCCAACAGUCUGUCCUGUUGUGCGUGAUAAAACGGUUGGCGAAAGAUUCGAGAUGCGUCGUGCAUCGCUUCCUGCUGCCGAUCAGAGAACCGAGGCCCGGCUGGAUCCACGUCGCCGUACCGUCGAGCCCCGCUUGUCCCGAUCAGGGAGAGCUGUUCGGCGAAAUGCUGACGACGUUGCUGGCCUGUUGCUGCCGCCGCAAGAGAUUCAUAGGCUCGCUGGUGAAACAGGCGCGAGACGAUUGCAUACUUUUGGCGGUGAGAGGCUGCGAGGCCGCGCAAGAGGCUCUUUGCUUGAUGCUGGAGUGGCACCUGCUGCCGAGCGAAGAGGCUCGACUGCAGAUUGUGAACGCCCUCGAGUCGACCGUGUCCGGCAAGGAACGGUACGCCGCUCUGUGCCAGAGGCAAAGGAAUUUGCAAGAACUGCAACAAAAGGGCGGCCCGAGGAAACUAACGCUGCCAGUACGCGCGACCGACGCCGACGUCGCCAUUCUGCUGGGCGGAGGUGCUCUCGGUAAUCUGGAAUGUCUCAGCCUGGCUUUCACGUCGGUGACCUCUGCCUGCGCGGAGCAGCUGAUCAAGCUGCCGGCACUGAGGUACCUGAACCUGUGGGCGACCCAAUUCGGCGACGCGGGCCUGCAAAUGAUCAGCGAACACCUGCAGAAGCUGCAGGUGCUGAACCUAUGCGAGACUCCCGUCUCCGACAAAGGGAUCUCGACUCUAGCCUCACUGACCAGCUUGCGGAAGCUGAACCUGAACAGCACCAAGCUGUCCGUACAAACCUUCGAGUCGCUGAAGAAGUGUCUGCCGGCGCUGCAGGAGUUCGACGUCAGGUACACGGAAGCCUGGUGACCAGAGGUUUCGAGUCGGCGCAAGCCGGCUAGUCUCGCUGUUGCCAGCAACGAGGACAACACCGGCGCCGACCACGUUCAAGAGAAGAGGCAAUCUUCUCGAGCCGAGUAGACUUUUAGAAGAGUACUUAAAGAGAUUCGAUCACGGUUGGCGAGCGGAUUCCCGCAAGUACGUUAUAUUAUACGAUACAAUCUACGAUAUAAGCGAUCGUCUUUCUUGUAAUCAGGAAACGGCUCUCGCGGAUACAUGGUACUGUCACGAUGGUAACCGUGUCUAUCGAAAACGAGUGUCGCGAAGGAGAAAGAGUAAGCGUGACUAGGACCACGAUAAAAGCCUGGACGCGAUCACGGUUCAACGAAGAAAGGCGACGCGAGCAGAGCUUCCUAGAAGCCUUGCAUACUGCCUAAAAAGUUGUUUGUUGUUAGAGGUACCGAACCACGGGCGUGUUACGGGACGCGUCGAAGUUGGAGCACCGAGAGCGUUUCCGCGAGUCCGCGAAAAAUCGGCGUCGACGCGAGCGCGAGCGAGAUCGAGAUCGAGCGAAUAUUAUAU